GUGGCAACGGAGAAGUGUGCGGGUCAGGCCGCCGAGCCUCUCCGGGACCCUCUCCUCUGCGGCCAUGGCGGGAGGCCCUGCGGACGUCCGCAAACUCUUUCUUUUCACGACCACCCAGAAUUACUUCGGGCUGAGGCCGGAGCUCUGGGACCAGGCCCCGCUGAGCAGCUGCCCGGAGGUCAACAGCUUCUUGGACGACGGCAACCAGAUGCUGCUCCGGGUGCAGCGGUCCGACGCGGGCCUGGCGUUUUCCAACACGAUUGAUUUCGAUGACACAAAGGACAAAGUGCUGGUGUUUUUCAAGCUCCGUCCCGAAGUAAUUACAGGUGACAAUCUACAUAACAACAUUCUUGUCUCGUCUAUGGUGGAGUCGCCUGUCAAUUCUCUUUACCAAGCGGUACGGCAGGUGUUUGCACCCAUGUUGCUAAAGGACCAGGAAUGGAGCAGGAACUUUGAUCCUAAACUUCAGAAUCUUUUGAGUGAGCUAGAAGCUGGAUUGGGUGUGGUUCUGCGAAGAUCGGAUACUAACGUACCCAAGCUGAAGCUCAAGGAAGAUGACACAAGAGGUAUUCUCACACCAAGUGAUGAGUUCCAGUUUUGGAUAGAACAAGCUCAUCGUGGAAAUAAACAGAUUAGUAAAGAAAGAGCCAGUUAUUUUAAGGAAUUAUUUGAAACAAUUGCAAGGGAAUUUUAUAACUUGGACAGUCUGUCUUUGCUAGAAGUUGUUGACUUGGUGGAGACGACUCGGGAUGUUGUAGAUGAUGUGUGGAGACAAACAGAACACGAUCAUUACCCUGAGUCACGCAUGCUGCAUCUCCUAGAUAUUAUAGGUGGUUCAUUUGGAAGGUUUGUUCAAAAAAAACUGGGAAGUUUGAAACUAUGGGAAGAUCCUUAUUAUCUUGUGAAAGAAAACCUGAAAGCUGGCAUUUCAAUUUGUGAACAGUGGGUGAUAGUCUGCAGUCACCUCACAGGACAGGUGUGGCAGCGUUAUGUACCUCAUCCAUGGAAAAGUGAAAAGUAUUUUCCUGAAACUCUUGAUAGGCUGGGCAAGCGCCUAGAGGAGGUCUUGGCUAUUCGAACAAUUCAUGAGAAACUCUUGUAUUUUUUACCGGCCAGUGAGGAGAGAAUCAUUUGCUUGUCUCGAGUCUUUGAGCCUUUUACUGGUGUGAACCCCGUGCAGUACAAUCCGUAUACUGAGCCAUUAUGGAAAGCUGCAGUGUCUCAGUAUGAAAAAAUCAUUGCACCCGCUGAACAGAGAAUAGCAGGGAAAUUAAAGAAUUAUAUUUCAGAAAUUCAAGAUAGUCCACAGCAGCUUCUUCAAGCAUUUCUGAAGUACAAGGAACUGGUGAAGCGUCCGACGAUAAGCAAAGAGCUGAUGUUAGAGAGAGAGACGCUGCUGGCCAGGCUCGGGGACUCAGCUAAAGAUUUCCGAUUGGACUUUGAGAAUCGGUGCCGAGGGAUUCCUGGUGAUGCAUCUGGGCCACUUUCUGGCAAAAAUCUCUCAGAAGUUGUCAAUAAUAUUGUUUGGGUUCGUCAGUUGGAAUUGAAGGUAGAUGAUACCAUCAAGAUUGCAGAAGCGCUUUUGUCUGACCUGUCAGGAUUUCGGUCUUUCCAUCGGAGUGCUGAAGAUCUCUUGGACCAGUUUAAGUUGUACGAACAAGAACAGUUUGAUGACUGGUCCAGGGAAGUUCAGUCAGGGUUGUCUGAUUCCAGGUCAGGUUUGUGCAUUGAGGCUAACAGCCGCAUUAUGGAGUUGGAUCCUAAUGAUGGGUCAUUAAAAGUGCAUUAUUCUGACCGUUUGGUUAUUCUUCUGCGGGAAGUUCGUCAGCUGUCUGCCCUGGGCUUUGUCAUUCCUGCCAAAAUACAGCAGGUUGCAAACGUUGCCCAGAAGUUCUGCAAGCAAGCCAUCAUUCUUAAGCAAGUGGCACAUUUUUACAAUUCCAUUGAUCAACAAAUGAUUCAGAGUCAGAGGCCAAUGAUGUUGCAGUCUGCCUUAGCAUUUGAACAGAUAAUUAAGAAUUCAAAGGCAGGAAGUGGAGGCAAGUCACAGAUUACUUGGGACAACCCUAAAGAAUUAGAAGGCUAUAUCCAGAAACUCCAGAAUGCUGCUGAGCGACUUGCCACUGAAAAUAGGAAGUUGAGAAAGUGGCACACUACAUUUUGUGAAAAGGUGGUCCUUCUUAUGAAUAUUGAUCUGCUUCGGCAGCAACAGCGUUGGAAAGACGGGCUGCAGGAACUGAGAACUGGCUUAGCAAGUGUGGCAGCGCAGGGGUUCCAAGCCAGUGACAUGCAUGCCUGGAGGCAACACUGGAACCACCAGCUCUACAAGGCUCUGGAGCACCAGUAUCAGAUGGGCCUGGAAGCCCUGAACGAGAACCUGCCAGAGAUAAGCAUAGACUUAACCUACAAACAGGGAAGGUUACAGUUUAGGCCUCCUUUUGAAGAAAUCCGGGCUAAAUAUUACAGAGAAAUGAAGAGGUUCAUCGGCAUUCCCAAUCAGUUUAAGGGAGUGGGCGAGGCUGGAGAUGAGUCAAUAUUUUCUGUUAUGAUUGAUAGAAAUGCAAGUGGAUUUCUGACUAUUUACAGCAAAGCAGAAGAUCUGUUUAGAAGGCUGUCAGCUGUUUUACAUCAACAUAAGGAAUGGGUUGUGAUUGGACAAGUUGACAUGGAAGCUCUGGUUGAAAAGCACCUUUUUACUGUGCAUGAUUGGGAGAAAAAUUUUAAAGCACUGAAAAUAAAAGGGAAAGAAGUUGAACGGCUCCCCAGUGCUGUCAAGGUGGACUGUCUCAACAUCAACUGCAGCCCUGUGAAGACUGUGAUUGAUGACCUCAUCCAGAAGUUAUUUGAUCUGCUUGUCCUUUCUCUGAAGAAGUCCAUCCAGACUCAUAUACAUGAAAUUGAUACAUUUGUCACGGAGGCUAUGAAGAUCUUAACAAUUAUACCUCAGUCUGUGGAAGAAAUAGGUGACACAAAUUUACAGUAUAGUAACCUGCAGGAUCGGAGGCCAGAGGUUUUGCCCUUGUUUCAACAAGCUGAAGACAAAAACAAGCUUUUGCGAACUGUGUCAGGCAGUGGAGUGGAGACAGUUAGCAAUCUGAGAGCCAAGUGGGACAAAUUUGAGCUGAUGAUGGAAAGCCACCAACUUAUGGUCAAAGACCAGAUUGAAGUGAUGAAAGGAAACGUGAAGUCACGACUUCAGAUCUAUUACCAAGAACUGGAGAAGUUUAAAGCUCGUUGGGAUCAGCUGAAACCUGGUGAUGAUAUUAUUGAAACUGGCCAACAAAAUACUCUGGAUCAAAGUGCAAAGUCUAUAAAGGAGAAAAAAAUUGAGUUUGAUGAUCUUGAAGUCAUAAGAAAAAAGCUAGUGGAUGACUGCCAUCAUUUUGGACUAGAAGAGCCUAACUUCUCUCUGGCCUAUAGCAUCUCUAAGGACAUUGAGAGCUGUGCACAAAUUUGGGCUCUUUAUGAGGAGUUCCAGCAAGGUCUCCAGGAAAUGGCCAAUGAAGAUUGGAUUACUUACCGGACUAAGACCUAUCUGUUUGAGGAGUUUCUGAUGAGCUGGCACGACAGAUUGAGGAAGGUUGAAGAACAUUCGGUCAUGACAGUGAAGUUGCAGUCAGAAGUUGACAAAUACAAAGUUAUAAUUCCUAUCUUGAAAUAUGUGAGAGGGGAGCAUCUUUCUCCAGACCACUGGCUUGACCUUUUUCGCCUGCUUGGCCUUCCUCGAGGGACCAGUCUAGAGAAAUUACUGUUUGGUGACUUGCUCCGGGCUGCUGAUGCAAUUGUGGAGAAAGCUUCAGACCUUAAAGAUUUAAAUAGUCGGGCACAAGGGGAAGUUACCAUCAGAGAAGCUUUGCGUGAACUUGAUCUGUGGGGAGUUGGAGCAGUGUUCUCAUUGAUUGAUUAUGAAGACAGCCAGAAUCGAACUAUCAAGCUGAUUAAAGACUGGAAAGACAUAGUGAACCAGGUUGGAGAUAAUAGAUGCCUUCUUCAGUCCUUAAAAGAUUCUCCAUAUUACAAAGGAUUUGAAGAUAAAGUGUCAAUUUGGGAAAGAAAACUUGCACAGUUAGAUGAGUACAUGCAGAAUUUAAACCAUAUUCAGAGAAAAUGGGUGUAUUUGGAGCCCAUUUUUGGCCGUGGAGCUUUGCCUAAAGAACAGACACGCUUCAACAAAGUUGAUGAAGAUUUCAGAUCAAUAAUGAUGGACAUCAAGAAAGACAAUAGAGUCACCACAUUGACUACUCAUGCAGGAAUCCGAAAUGCUCUACUAACAAUACUUGAUCAGCUUCAAAGAUGUCAGAAAUCCUUAAAUGAAUUUUUGGAGGAAAAACGGUCAGCAUUCCCAAGAUUUUACUUUAUUGGCGAUGAUGACUUGUUAGAAAUCCUGGGCCAGUCCACUAACCCGUCAGUGAUUCAGUCCCAUUUGAAGAAGCUGUUUGCUGGCAUUAACAGUGUGUGCUUUGAUGAGGAGUCCAAACAUAUAACUGCAAUGAAGUCACUAGAGGGAGAAGUUGUACCUUUUAAAAGCAAAGUUCUCCUAUCAAAUAAUGUAGAGGCAUGGUUGAAUGAUCUGGCUUUGGAAAUGAAGCAGACUUUGAAACAAUUGUUGAAAGAAUGUAUUACUGCUGGGCGGAGUUCACAAGGUGCAAUCGACCCAUCUCUGUUCCCUUCCCAGAUACUGUGCUUGGCAGAGCAGAUCAAAUUUACUGAAGAUGUAGAAAAUGCCAUCAAAGACCACAGCCUCCACCAGAUUGAGGCACAACUGGUAGCUAAACUGGAGCGCUACACCAGUGUUGACACGAGCUCUGAGGACCCAGGGAACUCAGAAUCAGGCAUUCUGGAGCUUAAGCUUAAAGCACUAAUUCUUGAUAUUAUUCAUAAUAUUGAUAUUGUGAAGCAAUUAAACCAAGUUCAAGUUCAUACAACUGAUGACUGGGCUUGGAAGAAACAAGUUAGAUUCUAUAUGAAAAGUGACCAUACAUGUUAUGUUCACAUGGUGGAUUCUGAACUUCAGUAUACAUACGAGUACCAGGGUAACACUCCCAAGCUGGUUUAUACUCCAUUGACAGACAAGUGCUACCUAACUCUGACUCAAGCCAUGAAGAUGGGACUUGGAGGGAAUCCCUAUGGACCUGCUGGAACUGGGAAAACUGAGUCAGUGAAGGCACUAGGUGGACUUCUUGGGAGACAAGUUUUAGUUUUUAAUUGUGAUGAGGGCAUUGAUGUGAAAUCAAUGGGGCGAAUAUUUGUUGGUUUGGUGAAGUGUGGGGCCUGGGGUUGCUUUGAUGAGUUCAAUAGACUGGAGGAAGCUGUGCUGUCAGCUGUUUCCAUGCAGAUCCAGACCAUUCAGGAUGCUUUGAAGAAUCACAGAACUGUAUGUGAGCUGCUUGGCAAAGAGGUCGAAAUAAAUUCUAAUUCUGGAAUUUUUAUCACCAUGAAUCCUGCUGGAAAAGGUUAUGGAGGAAGGCAAAAGCUUCCAGAUAAUCUUAAGCAGCUUUUCAGGCCAGUGGCGAUGUCCCGUCCUGACAAUGAUCUUAUCGCAGAGGUGAUUCUGUAUUCAGAGGGCUUCAAAGAUGCCAAAGAGCUGGGCAGAAAGUUGGUUGCCAUUUUCAACCUGUCUAGGGAACUUUUGACACCCCAGCAGCAUUACGAUUGGGGAUUGAGAGCAUUGAAGACUGUUCUUAGAGGAAGUGGGAAUCUUCUAAGACAGUUGAAGAAAAAUGGCACAAAACAAGAUGUUAAUGAAAAUCAUAUUGUGGUACAAGCACUGAGGCUUAAUACAAUGUCAAAGUUCACAUUUGCUGAUUGCACCCGGUUCGAUGCACUGAUCAAAGACGUCUUUCCUGGAAUUGACUUUAAAGAAGUAGAGUACAGUGAAUUAAGUGCUGCAUUAAGACAAGUCUUUGAGGAGGCCAAUUAUGAAAUCAUACCCAAUCAGAUGAAGAAGGCUCUAGAAUUGUAUGAACAGCUGCGCCAGAGGACAGGAGUUGUUAUUGUUGGUCCAAGUGGUGCUGGCAAGUCUACCCUUUGGAGAAUGUUAAGGGCUGCACUUUGUAAAAUUGGCAAAGUAGUAAAACAAUACACUAUGAACCCCAAAGCUAUGCCCAGACACCAGUUAUUAGGACAUAUUGACAUGGAUACACGAGAAUGGUCUGAUGGUGUUUUGACAAAUAGUGCUCGCCAAGUAGUUCGUGAACCUCAAGAAGUCAGCUCAUGGAUAAUUUGUGAUGGUGACAUUGACCCUGAAUGGAUAGAAUCUCUGAAUUCUGUUCUGGAUGAUAAUCGGCUGCUCACCAUGCCCAGUGGAGAAAGGAUUCAGUUUGGCCCAAAUGUUAACUUUGUAUUUGAAACUCAUGAUUUAAGCUGUGCUUCACCAGCCACAAUAUCUAGAAUGGGAAUGAUAUUUCUGAGUGAUGAAGAGACAGAUCUUAAUUCUCUGAUAAAAUCUUGGUUGAGGAAUCAGCCUGCUGAAUACAGAAGUAAUCUUGAGAACUGGAUUGGAGAUUAUUUUUCAAAAGCUUUACAGUGGGUUUUAAAGCAGAAUGACUACGUGGUAGAAACAAGUUUGGUUGGGACUGUCAUGAAUGGUUUAUCCCACCUUCAUGGAUGUAAAGAUCAUGACCAGUUUAUUAUUAAUCUUAUACGAGGACUGGGUGGAAAUCUGAACAUGAAAUCUCGUCUGGAAUUUACCAAGGAGGUCUUUAACUGGGCACGGGAAUCCCCUCCAGACUCUCAUAGACCAAUGGACACCUACUAUGACUCGGAUCGAGGACAGUUAGCAUCCUACAUGCUUAAGAAGCCAGAGAGCCUGACAGCUGAUGACUUCAGCAGUGGUCAUACCCUCCCUGUCAUCCAGACUCCCGACAUGCAGCGAGGUCUAGAUUAUUUCAAACCUUGGCUGAGUUCUGAUACUAAACAGCCGUUUAUUCUUGUAGGACCAGAAGGAUGUGGCAAAGGGAUGCUGCUCAGGUAUGCCUUCUCUCAGCUCCGCUCCACGGAGAUUGCCACCGUCCAUUGCAGUGCUCAGACCACUUCUCGGCAUCUUCUGCAGAAGCUGAGCCAGACUUGCAUGGUCAUCAGUACAAACACUGGUCGAGUGUACCGACCGAAAGAUUGUGAAAGACUUGUUCUGUACCUAAAAGAUAUCAACCUACCCAAGCUUGACAAGUGGGGCACCAGCACACUGGUGGCUUUCCUCCAGCAGGUAUUGACAUACCAAGGAUUUUAUGAUGAAAAUUUGGAAUGGGUUGGUCUGGAGAAUAUUCAAAUUGUAGCUUCCAUGUCAGCUGGAGGAAGGCUGGGGAGACACAAGCUCACCACCAGGUUUACGUCUAUUGUUCGUCUUUGUGCCGUGGAUUACCCAGAAAGAGAGCAGCUACAGACAAUCUAUGGAGCAUAUUUGGAAGCAGUUCUGCACAAAAAUCUGAAGAAUCAUUCUAUCUGGGGUUCUUCAUCAAAGAUUUAUCUCCUGGCAGGCUCUAUGGUGCAGGUGUAUGAACAGGUGCGGGCCAAAUUCACAGUUGAUGAUUAUAGCCACUAUUUCUUUACACCCUGCAUUCUUACUCAGUGGGUUCUUGGCUUGUUCAGAUAUGAUUUAGAAGGAGGAUCUUCCAACCAUCCAUUAGAUUAUGUGCUAGAAAUUGUAGCCUAUGAAGCCCGGCGAUUGUUUCGAGACAAAAUCGUUGGUGUCAAGGAGCUGCAUUUGUUUGAUAACAUUUUAACUUCAGUGUUCCAAGGAGACUGGGGCUCAGAUAUACUAGACAACAUGGCAGAUAGCUACUAUGUCACGUGGGGAGCCCGGCAUAGCUCAGGAGCAAAGACAGUUCCAGGACAGCCAUUACCUCCACACGGGAAACCACUUGGCAAACUGACCUCUGCAGACCUGAAGGAUGUCAUUAAGAAGGGUCUUAUUCACUAUGGACGAGAUAACCAGAAUUUAGAUAUCUUACUUUUCCAAGAAGUUCUGGAAUAUAUGUCUAGGAUAGACAGAGUGCUAAGUUUCCCUGGAGGCUCGCUUCUGUUGGCAGGACGAAGUGGUGUGGGGCGGCGGACUGUCACGUCUGUUGUCAGUCACAUGCAUGGAGCAGUGCUCUUCUCCCCAAAGAUUUCCAGAGGCUAUGAGCCAAAGCAGUUCAGGAAUGAUCUCAAACAUGUGCUGCAUCUGGCAGGGAUUGAGGCACAGCAGGUAGUUUUACUUCUUGAGGAUUACCAGUUUGUACAUCCUACAUUUUUGGAGAUGAUCAAUAGCCUUUUGUCUUCAGGUGAGGUCCCUGGACUGUACACGCUGGAAGAGCUAGAGCCUUUGCUGUCGCCUUUGAAAGAUCAAGCUUCCCAGGAUGGUUUCUUUGGACCAGUCUUCAAUUACUUCACAUACAGAAUUCAGCAAAACUUGCAUGUUGUCUUGAUUAUGGAUUCUGCAAAUAUGAACUUCAUAAUAAACUGUGAGAGUAAUCCGGCUUUGCAUAAGAAAUGCCAGGUGCUGUGGAUGGAGGGCUGGUCCGACAGCAGCAUGAAGAAGAUACCAGAAAUGUUAUUCAGUGAAACAGAUGGUGAAGAAAAACAUGACAAAAAAAGAAAAGAAGAAAAGAAAAAAAAUUCAGUUGAUCCUGACUUUCUAAAAUCAUUCUUACUAAUCCAUGAGUCUUGUAAAGCAUAUGGAGCCACCCCAAGCAGGUACAUGACCUUUCUGCAUGUGUACUCGGCCAUCAGCAGCAGCAAGAAACAGGAAUUACUGAAGAGACAAAGUCAUUUACAGGCUGGUGUGUCUAAACUAAAUGAAGCCAAAGCUCUUGUGGAUGAGCUGAACAGAAAGGCCGGCGAGCAGAGCGUAUUGCUUCGAAUAAAGCAGGAUGAAGCUGAUGCUGCCCUUCAGGAGAUCACCGUGUCCAUGCAGGAUGCUAGUGAGCAAAAGACAGAACUUGAAAGACUAAAACAUAAAAUAGCAGAAGAAGUUGUUAAAAUUGAAGAAAGAAAAAGUAAAAUUGAUGAUGAAUUAAAAGAAGUACAACCUCUAGUCAACGAAGCUAAGCUAGCUGUUGGAAACAUUAGGCCAGAAUCUCUUUCAGAAAUUCGCUCAUUGCGCAUGCCACCGGAUGUAAUCCGAGACAUUCUUGAAGGAGUUUUGAGGUUAAUGGGUAUCUUUGAUACAUCGUGGGUAAGCAUGAAAAGCUUCCUUGCAAAAAGGGGUGUGAGAGAAGACAUUGCAACUUUUGAUGCACGGAACAUCCCAAAGGAGAUACGAGAGAGUGUGGAGGAGCUUCUCUUCAAAAACAAAGCCUCUUUCGAUCCAAAGAAUGCUAAGCGUGCCAGCACUGCAGCUGCGCCUUUGGCUGCUUGGGUUAAGGCCAAUGUACAGUACUCCCAUGUCUUGGAACGGAUCCAGCCUCUGGAAACAGAGCAGUCAGGAUUAGAGUCGAAUUUGAAGAAAACUGAAGAUAGAAAAAGGAAGCUAGAAGACCUUCUUAACUCUGUUGGUAAAAAAGUGUCAGAACUCAAAGAAAAAUUUCAGAGCAGGACUUCAGAAGCUGCCAAACUUGAAGCUGAAGUCACCAAGGCACAGGAGACAAUCAAAGCUGCUGACGUCCUGAUCAGUCAGCUGGACAGAGAGCACCGGAGGUGGAACACUCAGGUUGCCGAGAUAUCGGAGGAGUUAGCGACCCUCCCCAAAAGAGCUCAGCUGGCGGCUGCAUUCAUAACCUACCUCUCUGCUGCCCCAGAAGGCCUCAGGAAGAACUGUCUGGAAGAAUGGACCAAGGCAGCUGGUCUAGAGAAAUUUGAUCUAAGGAGAUUUCUCUGUACUGAAAGCGAGCAGUUGAUCUGGAAAAGUGAAGGCCUUCCCUCUGAUGACCUCUCCAUAGAGAAUGCCCUUGUGAUCUUACAGGUAACUGAAAAGCUUGUCUUAGAGGACAGUAACUUUAUCACAGCUCUCGAAUUGGCAGUGCGUUUUGGGAAAACCCUCAUUAUACAAGAGAUGGAUGGGGUGGAGCCUGUUCUUUACCCACUGUUGAGACGAGAUCUGGUUGCUCAAGGACCGCGUUAUGUAGUACAAAUAGGUGACAAAAUCAUUGACUAUAAUGAAGAUUUCCGCCUUUUCUUGUCAACAAGAAAUCCGAAUCCCUUCAUCCCACCGGAUGCUGCAUCCAUCGUGACUGAGGUGAACUUUACCACGACCAGAAGUGGACUUCGAGGGCAGCUUUUAGCUUUAACCAUUCAGCAUGAAAAGCCUGAUCUAGAAGAACAGAAAACAAAACUGUUGCAGCAGGAAGAAGACAAGAAAAUACAGCUAGCAAGACUUGAGGAAUCUCUGUUAGAGACACUUGCCACAUCUCAAGGCAAUAUUUUGGAAAAUAAGGAUUUGAUUGAAUCUUUGAAUCAGACAAAAGCAAGCAGUGCUCUUAUUCAAGACUCACUUAAAGAAUCUUACAAACUCCAAAUUUUCCUUGAUCAAGAGCGGGAUGCCUAUCUGCCUUUGGCUGAGAGUGCCAGCAAGAUGUACUUCAUCAUCUCUGACUUGUCCAAGAUUAAUAACAUGUACCGUUUCAGCCUGGCUUCAUUUCUCCGACUUUUCCAACGAGCUCUGCAGAAUAAGCAGGACUCAGAAAAUACAGAACAGAGAAUCCAGUGUCUUGUCAGCUCAUUGAAGCACAUGGUAUAUGAGUAUAUAUGCCGAUGCCUGUUUAAGGCUGACCAGUUGAUGUUUGCUUUGCAUUUUGUUCGAGGCAUGCAUCCUGAACUUUUUCAAGAAAAUGAAUGGGAUACGUUUACAGGUGUGGUUGUUGGAGACAUGCUGCGCAAAGCUGACUCUCAGCAAAGAAUUCGUGAUCAACUUCCAUCUUGGAUCGAUCAGGAGAGAAGCUGGGCUGUGGCAACAUUGAAGAUCGCUCUCCCCAGUCUCUACCAGACCCUCUGCUUUGAAGACAUGGCACUUUGGCGUACAUACUACCAUCACUCAAUGUGUGAACAGGAGUUUCCAUCAAUUCUUGCAAAGAAAGUUUCCUUAUUUCAGCAGGUUCUUGUCGUUCAGGCUCUACGACCAGACAGACUGCAGAGCGCCAUGGCUCUGUUUGCCUGUAAGACCCUGGGACUGAAGGAGUUAUCCCCUCUUCCCCUGAAUCUCAAACGUUUAUACAAAGAGACGCUAGACAUUGAGCCCAUCUUGAUAAUUGUUUCCCCGGGAGCCGACCCUUCUCAGGAACUUCAAGAACUUGCUAAUGCUGAAAGAAGCAGCGAGUGUUACCACCAGGUUGCCAUGGGUCAAGGUCAAGCUGAUUUAGCAAUUCAGAUGCUAAAAGAAUGUGCCCGGAAUGGAGACUGGCUCUGUUUGAAGAACUUACAUCUUGUGGUGUCUUGGCUUCCAGUUCUGGAGAAGGAAUUGAAUACUCUUCAACCUAAAGAUACCUUCCGUCUGUGGCUCACUGCAGAAGUUCAUCCCAACUUCACCCCCAUUUUACUCCAGUCAAGUUUGAAGAUAACAUAUGAGUCACCUCCAGGUUUGAAGAAGAAUUUGAUGCGUACUUAUGAGUCUUGGACUCCUGAGCAAAUUAGCAAAAAAGAUAACCUACACCGGGCUCAUGCUCUCUUUAGUUUAGCGUGGUUUCACGCUGCCUGUCAAGAAAGAAGAAAUUAUAUUCCACAGGGUUGGACCAAGUUUUAUGAGUUUUCUUUAUCAGAUCUUCGGGCUGGGUACAACAUCAUUGACAGGCUCUUCGAUGGUACCAAAGAUGUCCAGUGGGAAUUUGUACAUGGCUUACUUGAAAAUGCUAUCUAUGGAGGACGUGUAGAUAACUGUUUUGACCUUAGGGUUCUCCAGUCAUACUUGAAGCAGUUUUUUAAUUCUUCAGUAACUGAUGAACUAAACCAAAGGAACAAGAAAAGCAUUUUUCCAUAUUCCAUAUCCCUCCCUAACUCCUGCAGCAUUUUGGACUAUCGUGCUGUCAUUGAGAAGCUCCCAGAGGAUGAUAAACCUAGCUUCUUCGGUCUGCCUGCCAAUAUCGCUCGCUCAUCUCAGCGCAUGACCAGUUCUCAGGUUAUCUCCAAGCUCAGGAUCUUGGGAAGAUCAGUCACAGCUGGUUGCAAAUUUGAUAGAGAAAUUUGGUCUAAUGAACUUUCCCCCAUCCUCAAUCUCUGGAAGAAACUGAACCAGAAUUCAAACCUAAUCCAUCAGAAAGUAUCACCUCCCAAUGAUCGACAAGGAUCUCCAAUAUUAUCGUUCAUCAUUCUUGAACAGUUCAAUGCCAUCCGCCUAGUACAGAGUGUUCAUCAGUCUCUUGCUGCCCUCAGCAAAGUCAUCAGAGGAACUACUUUACUGAGUUUAGAAGUACAAAAACUGGCAAGUGCUUUAUUAAACCAAAAGUGUCCUCUCACGUGGCAGAGCAAGUGGGAAGGCCCCGAGGACCCCCUCCAGUACCUGAGAGGUCUUGUAGCCCGUGCCCUUGCAAUUCAGAACUGGGUCGAUAAAGCUGAAAAGCAAGCUCUUCUCUCUGAUACACUUGACCUAUCUGAACUCUUCCAUCCAGACACAUUCCUCAAUGCUCUUCGCCAGGAAACUGCAAGGGCAAUGGGCUGCUCUGUGGAUAGUCUUAAAUUUGUAGCAUCCUGGAAAGGCCGACUUCAAGAAGCAAAGCUGCAGAUUAAGAUCAGUGGUUUGUUGCUGGAAGGAUGCAGCUUUGAUGGCAAUCGCCUUUCAGAAAACCAGCACGAUUCCCCCAGCGUAUCAUCAGUUCUCCCGUGCUUUAUGGGCUGGACUCCACAGGGUGCAUAUGGUCCAUACUCCCCUGAUGAAUGCAUCUCUCUGCCUGUUUAUACAAGUGCUGAGAGGGAUCGUGUGGUGACCAACAUCGAUGUUCCCUGUGGGGGCAACCAGGACCAGUGGAUCCAGUGUGGGGCAGCGCUCUUUCUUAAAAAUCAGUAAAUCGAAGGCAACACAGGACAGCCUAGCAAAGGACAGUUCCUGCCAAGUUUUACACAGAACAUGUGGUCAGUCUGAAAUGUUAGUUCAGAAUAUCUGCAGUUAGUUUCUUGUUGUUGAUCUCCGUGGGUUCUUAUUGUAAUAAAUGUGUAAUACCAGCACUGUGGACCUUAAAGAAUUUUAUAAUAAAGUGGGGUAUUUGGUGGCAUUAGAUAUUUUUAUGAAGAAAUUUACUUUUUCAGUGGUUCAAUUAUUUAAGAUUUAAAGUACUAUAUUUAAGAAGUCAAUAUUUUGGCUAUCAUUUUAUGUAAUUGCAUAUAGUUGUUUUAGUCUUCUAUAGUUUUAAAUAUAUGUACCAUUCUGCUUUUAAGCAUUGAACAAUGUACAAAGGCAUAAUGAAUGAAUUAUCUUAACAAUUAAACAUUAUGUCAUUUCAUUGUGUAUAUUA